CAAGUAGCAACUGCAGCGAACAACGUCAAGAAUUAUUUAUAACUGCGGAGUACGCCUCUGCACAGAUGCAAUUAGUUUCUUUCUUUGAAGUGAAAUCGUUUCUUGAAUUCUAAGGCCAAUGAGAUUGAUGGAAAAACUUAAACUAUGCGUCGUCUCUUUACGAAAGAAAGUGCAGACAAAUUCGCUUUUGGUUGCACAGGAAUUGCUGCUUCCGUAACUGCCUAUCACUACUGGUCUCGUGGUCAAGAGCAGGUGGACAAAAUGGCUUCUUCAAGUGGCGGUGGGGAUAAAAAUGUUAUGGUUCAUCUCGUUGUAGUGGAAUGGUUCUCGUUGAUUCAAGUGGCUGUGCCGAUAUUAUUGUUCUCGUAGUUGUACGUGGAUCCUUUGGAGGGUGAGGAUGUCCCAUCUCUCAAGCAGCAACUUUAAAUUUUCACGACGGUUGUACACUCACAUAGUUGUGCAAAGGAACACUACAAAAGAACACGCACAACUUGAACUUGUUUUACCUCUCUUCCUCUAACCAACGCGCAUCGAAGUCGUCAUCAUCGAAGUACCGGUUUGACCCAGCGCGUUCGAAGCUGAAUUUUUCCACAAGUCAUUGGGGUUUUACCGUUCAUGGAAAAUUUACCAACUUUGAGGGAACAUUUAUCACGUCCUCGACAUCAGCAGCUUCAGGAGGCAAAGAGGAGGAUGUACAUGAUGAUGAUACGUCAAAGGCAACAUCCUCCACAUCUUCGCCUGCACUUCUUCUAGAGAUCACCAGUAUAGACACUGCGGUUCGUGCGGACUCGAUUGAUACUCAGAAUUGGCUUCGGGAUCGUCGAAUGCGAAACGAGUUUUUGGAAGCAGACAAAUUUCCAUUACUGACGUUUCAUUCUUCUUCAGCAGGACCUGUUGUAGAGGGAUCACAGGCUACACUAACAGUUCGUCCGAAAGUGCUGGAACCAUCUUCAGAAGAAGCAUUUGCAGAUGCUGUGUCAAGUAGAAGUACCUCAUCUACACCGGAUGGAGCUGGAAGGAUAUGCUGGCGUAGGAGAAGCAAGUCCUCGUCCAAGGAUGAGCCGCCGAGUGAAGAUGUCUCAACAACAAAUACACGACAUGCUUCAAGAACAUCACAGGAGGACAACAAGAACCCCGAACAGUUGUAUCGCGCUAGUGGUACAGUGACUAUACGAGACAUCCCCAAAGUGAUAGACCUGGAUGUGCGCGUGUUGAGUGUAAGCGCAGAAGAAAUUGUGGCUACGGUGAGUGGAGAACUCGACUUAAGGCUCCACAAGACCCCACUUGCUUCUCCACGUGAGGGAGUCCCGUUAAAAAGUACUGCGCUGGUAGUGCCUCAUGUAUUCGCGGGCUGUACUACUGAGGCAAGUACGAGGGCGAGUAUUUUAACGGGAUCGAUUCACGGGAUGGGUUAGGGGUAGCGCUAAUCGACAGAUACGAGUUCGACAUUCUGACUAAUUGGCCUGCGUUAGCAGUUGGGCAGAAAGUGGGUCUUGAUUUUCAUUUGGUGGCACAGAAAGUUGAAUUGAAAAAUUGA